AUCGAACGCAGCUAGAGUGUGUGUUUGUCGGGCACGCGUAUUUUUUCGUAUACCGGAUUUUUUGUCUUUCUGUUUCGAAUUCGGGGUGCGUGUGCUCUUUCCCCUCACUCUCUCUUUGUCAAGGAUCCUCCUCCGCUUUUUAGCGAGUUUUAUGUGUUUUCUGGUCGCGGGUGUGCUCGUGUUUUGAUAACCCUGCGUCAGGAUCAGGAUACCCUGCAAGGAUUCGCCGGUUCCGGAAUUCAGUUGUUUUGAUUACUCCGGCAAACCGGAAGUGUGGAUUUCUUUUGUGCCGUUUUACCGAAGAGAAGCAGUGGAAAUUAAGUGCCUUGCCGAAUUGGAUAGCGCAAGUCAUUGAGGGAACCUCAAGUAACGGUGAACAACUGUUAGAAAACUUCCGUUCUGUCUUCAGUUGCGUAUGGUUUAAAAUAAUUCUACAGUGGAUGAAGUAGGGAAAAAAUGUCAUCCCGUUGCUAACACCCAGUAACAAAAGCCAGCAAAAUGCAUCGUAAAAUAUGGACCAAGUUCAAACCUGGGUAGCAGAAGGACUUACAGUGAAAACAAAAGUGUAACAAAAGUGAAGUGAUAAUUUCAGCCGAAAAGUAUUCCUCUGUUAGAUAAACUAAAGUGGAUGGAUGGUGAAUUAUACCAAAGUUCAACUGAUUAAUUUUUUGUUUUCAUUUCGGAACCGAAAAAAAGCUCAACCGGAACGCAUCAUCCCGCAAAGCAAGAUGUCGAAUCGACCGACCCGACAGAUAAAGAAAGAUAAAACGAAGAAAGUUUGAAUGGUCGCUGCCCGUUUUUUUUCGGCCGUUGUUGUUGUUGUUGAUGUUUGGUUUCGUUCCAAAGUUUGGUUAUUAUGAGACAAGGUCUUCCGCACCGGAGCUAGAGCUAGCUAGUGAAAGUGAAAUUUUUUGAUAACCAAUACGCGCGGUGCCGUGAAGCUUUGGUUGAGAAAAAAAAUCCGAGGAAAAAAUAAUUACAGACGCGAGACGCGCUUCCGCGUCCGAAAAAUGUGAGACGGAGAAGACGAUUACUAAAAAGUGAAAGAGGAGAAAAAACAAAUUUGAGUUUGACCGGUUUCGGAAGUGAUGUUUGAUAGUUUUUCGAUGCUGCGUCGUCGUGUCGGGUUUGUGAAGUUGUAGCUCGGCAAUUUGAGUAAGCAAACCACCAGCUAAUUGUGUUCCCCCCACCCUCCAUUUUUCGGCUUUUACACUACGAUACGAUUACUUGAAAAUAAAAAAUACUGGUACACGAUUUCCCGCAGUUAUCGUCAUCAACGCCAAGUUUGAUACCCCAGAAAGUUUGAACCAGAAGUUCGGACGCACGUGUUCAUUAUCUUGCGCCAAAGGCUGGGAUCUGUUUUAUGUUUUCUCUCUUUGAACCGUUUUCGUGAUGUUUUCGGGUUGAGAGUGUAUUGGUGCACGUGCCAGCCUCCCCUAGCGCAGCAGGAAAUUAAACAUCAAUUUCCAUUUUCCGCGGAAGAAGUGAAUCACUCUCGCAGAUGCCAAUCACCAAAAAGUACCGAAAUCAUAAAUCAAUUACAGCCAACCCGAAUCGGUAAUUGGGCUUUUAGCUUUUAGUGUGUACCGUGCACGAUCUUUAUCGAUCAUCGACGAGCACACGAAGAAAGGCGCGAAGCAGAAUCGGAAACUAUCGGCUAACGAUUGUUGCUGCACUACUCGUGGUGUUUUCAGCCAGCCGCUUACGCAAUCGAUAAAGCAGUUGAGCGGGCCACAGAUUCCGAACGGUCCCGCUAAUGAAGUGAAUUCGGAAAAAGGCUCCGAGCAAAAAACACCAACAAAAUCAAAUUCGUGAAAGCGCCAGCGGUUUUUUUUUUUCGUAUCAUCAACCCAUGUGUAUGUCCGUGCCUGUUUCACAUGCGACUGAAAUCGAAACACACAUAAAAACCGAUGCCUCAGGCAGAUACAAAUCUGUCUUUAUAUAAUCAAAAUUAAAUUAUACAUUUUUAUGAUCAUGUUUAUUCAUUAAAUGACAAUUUAAAGAAGAAAAAAAAAGCUUCCAAGGAAAGGGAAAUCUUAAAGUUUAACUAGUUCAAAACAGCGUCAACACAAAAAAAAAUUAAGAAACAAAUAGGCGGGAGUGGAACCAAACAAGCGUCAAACAAUUGUAAACACCGAAGAAAUUUUUGAAUUAAGACAAAGUCAAGCCAACUGGAAACCGAGGGAGCUAUCAGUUGAUCAGCAGCAAAGAAAACGCCCCAAAGGGAAACCAUUAACUUAAAUUAUCACAUACCCGGAGGGAAGGCCAAAACAGACCUUUGGGCACCACCAUUGAGAAGUCAAAACAAAAACAAAAAAACUUUGACGGAUGAAGAAUUCGAAAGUGAAUCGUGUCUGUGCUGCUGCGGCUUGGUAAAAAUGUUCCGGCUACCACUACUCAGAUGUACCAAAUUUCACUACCAGUGCUAUAUACUGUGAUCCAAAUUUUUUAGGUGGUGUUUCAAACCCAAAUUUGAAACAGUGUGCUUAGUGGAUAAUAAGUUAAACCCUGUAGCAAAUUUUGUUGAUUUUUAUCGUUGACCGGAUCCCGUUUGCAAAUCGGAUCGGGAAAAACACCGCGCGAAACAGUUUGUUAUUUAGUUUCUAAAAAAAAUCGUGCAAUUUGUUAAAUUACGACCUGUCAUCAUGUUUACGCCCCGGAUGUUUGAGAUGUGGACGAAUGUCACCUCGAAGUUGGAGGCGGCCCACCAUGCGAUGCCGAUGCAGACCAACGUGCAGCAGACAUCGGUGCAGAACUCGUCCAGUGGAUCGAUUAAAGCACAAAUCGAGAUCAUCCCAUGCAAGGUGUGCGGAGACAAAUCGUCCGGCGUGCAUUACGGCGUGAUCACCUGCGAGGGCUGCAAGGGUUUCUUCCGGCGGUCUCAGAGCUCGGUCGUCAACUACCAGUGCCCCCGGAACAAACAGUGCGUCGUCGAUCGGGUCAACCGGAACCGGUGUCAGUACUGUCGACUGCAAAAGUGCCUGAAACUGGGAAUGAGCCGCGAUGCCGUCAAGUUCGGGCGGAUGUCCAAAAAGCAGCGAGAGAAGGUGGAGGACGAGGUACGGUACCAUCGAGCGCAGAUGCGAGCCCAAAGCGAUGCCGCCCCGGACAGUUCCGUAUUCGACAAUCAGACGCCCUCGAGUAGUGACCAGCUGCAUCACGGUUACAACGGGUACGCGUACAACAAUGAAGUCGGCUACGGGAGUCCUUACGGCUAUUCGACGUCGGUUACACCUCAACAAACCAUGGGCUACGACAUCUCGGCGGAUUACGUGGACAGUACGACAACUUAUGAGCCUAGAAGUACGAUAAUAGACUCAGAUUUCAUAAGUGGACACAACAAGGACAGCUCACCGACCAACCAUCGAGCAAUAACGCUGAACGAUAUUCGUCUAGCGCGGGUCCAGCAAACCUCGGCAGCGACCACAACGGCCAACGGAAGUGGCCAGCAGCAGCAGCAGUUGAACCCAAAUCAGACAGCAAUAACUUCACUCCCCAAUCCCCAAACCACCGGAAGCAACAACAAUAACAACAACAACAGCACAAAUAGUACAAUUAUCACGAUCAAACAGGAACAGCUUACCAGUGUGGACAACAUAGUGGGAAGUUUCGUCGAUUCGACGACCUUCCUGCCAUCGCCAACGAGCCAACAACAGCAGGGUCAGCAACAGCAACAGCAGAUGGUUGGACCCAACGCCAUGGUUCAGUCGGCGAAUACCGGUACGAAUAAUGGACCCCUUAUGGGCCAAACUGUAGUGUCUGGAUCAGAAGUAACAGGUAACAACCUAAGGCGAAGCGACUGCUGCCAGCAGAACCCGGUGUCGACGGUUGGCAGUAAUGUCGGCGGUGGCCAUGCCGGGGUAGAUCCGGGCCAACCGGUUCCGGUUGCGCAUCCACAUACGCACCCAGCUGCACCGCAAUCGGUGGCACCCCAACAACCACAACAGCAACCGAUCGUCAGCCAGAACACACCGGUUUCCUUUGGCGGUGAGGACGAUAGUUCCUGCGAUUCGCACACCAAAUGGGCGGAAGGUGAUAUCAACGACGUGUUGAUCAAAACCUUGGCGGAAGCGCAUGCAAAUACCAACCACAAGCUGGACAUUGUGCAUGAAAUGUUCCGGAAGCCACAGGACGUCUCCCGCAUUCUGUAUUACAAAAACAUGAGCCAAGAGGAGCUUUGGCUCGACUGUGCAGAGAAGCUGACCGCCAUGAUUCAGCAGAUUAUCGAAUUUGCCAAGCUGAUACCGGGCUUCAUGCGGUUAAGUCAAGACGAUCAGAUUCUCCUGCUCAAGACCGGCUCGUUCGAGUUGGCAAUCGUGCGCAUGUCUCGACUGAUGGAUCUCUCCACCAAUGCGGUGCUCUACGGGGACAUUAUGCUGCCGCAGGAAAUGUUCUACACCUCGGAUUCGUUCGAGAUGAAGCUGGUCGCGUGUAUAUUCGAGACGGCCAAGAGUAUCGCGGAGCUGAAGCUCACGGAAACGGAACUAGCGCUGUACCAAAGUCUGGUGCUCCUGUGGCCUGAAAGAAACGGAGUCCGGGGUAACACGGAAAUCCAGCGAUUGUUCGAAAUGAGUAUGUCCGCCAUACGACAGGAAAUCGAAGCCAACCACGCCCCGCUCAAGGGCGACGUGACGGUGCUCGAAAUCCUGCUGAACAAGAUCCCAACCUUCCGUGAACUCUCCAUCAUGCACAUGGAAGCGUUACAAAAGUUCAAACAAGACCACCCGCAGUACGUGUUCCCAGCGUUAUACAAAGAGCUCUUCACGAUCGACUCGCAGCAGGAUCUGAUGACAUAACAGGAUAGUCCGCAGGAUCCGCAGCAGCACCAGCUCUCAGUGUCCCCAGCGUCGCUGGAGCCGUGCAACGAUUCAAAUCCACAACAACUUCCGGUGCCUCCGGUUUCGCCUCCAGUAGUAGCAGCCACCACAAGCAGCAGCAGCAGCAGCAGCUAUAAUCAACAUCAUCAGCCAGAACACGAAUCCCAUAAUCAACCUACGCAUUCAGAGCAAUAUCUACGGGGUUUGUCGGCACCUGACCAGCAUCGUAGGGCACCUCCUCCGGCAACGGUACAGGUCACCGAUAGCAACACGUUCAUCAUCAUCAUCCAGCAGGACGGCGAAGUUAUCACCCAAUCGACGGUUGAGUAGGCAGGGGAAAAACGUGGAAGGUGGUCACAGUCGCAUCAACAAACGCUUCGAGGGUAAAUGUUCACACGAAUAGCAGUAUAAACCUUCUACUGUAUGGGGCGUGCGGUUGCAUAGCUGUAGGCGCGUUUUUUUGUUGACAGUUUUAAUCGUUUGUUAGGCAACGAAUCGUUCGGGCACAUUUCGAGCGGUGUAGUUGAGGGUCGAGCAGAUUCGAGUAGGGCAGGCAUGACUUUUCGCUAACGCUUGGAUGAAUGGUGAAAAUCAACCUAUUGUGAUGGUUUUUGAGACUGAAAUCACGUUGCAAACGGCGAAAGAAUUUUUUUUUUCUGAAAGCCUUAGAAAAUUUUUUGUAAAUAAAUUUAAAGCAUUUUUCGUUUAUUAUCCACUGGCACAAGGGCACAUUUUUUCUUCAUAAACAAACAAAAUCGUAACCCGAGACGAUGCGAAUAACUUAUAUGCAUCGUACCGGGCGACGAUUUUGUUUGCUUAUGAAGUUUGUCACUGUCUUCUUGCCGGUGGAAAAUAAACGAAAACUUCAGGGUCCUUCUCCUACAGUUAUUAGAGAGUUUUGUAAAGAAUUUAAUAAAUCAGCACAAGCAGUAUACGUCUAGCAAACUAUUGAACCAAAAUUUCUCUUAAUGAAACACAAUUUCGACAUUAGAUUCAGAAAACAUAUUUUAUGAACUGAGGCGCUUGGAAGAUCAGAGGGGUGCAAGUGCCUGAAUGAUAUUUUCGAGAAAACGCGCUUCAAUGUUGUGAAGGUGCUCGAUUUUCCAUAUAUUUUUCGAAUUCGAGCAGUUUUAUUCAAUCAAAAAUGUGUUCAAAAAAAUUAUAAAAAAUCAGAGUUUUGCACCAGAUGUACAUUGAAACAUGGAGAAUCGAUAGGUAUACUUAACUCAAAAAUGAUGAUUUUGGCACUUGCACCCCUCUGAUCCCGAGGGCCUCAAUUUAAAACUUUAUGCAAUUCAAUUUUUAACAGUCAUAUGACUGAAAAAGUACAGAAAUAUUCGGUUCUCUGAAAAUGUUCAUGCUUUCAAUUUUCUCAUAUUUGCUUGGUGUUCAGUGCUAUAACUUCAGCUAAUUGACCUCAAUAAAAUUAUUUAAAUUCGAGCAAUUUUGAUUAGAGAAUUUUAGGCAAUUUCACUGCUAAAAAAAACAAUUAUUUUUAGUUCAAAUUAAGUUUGGCAAAUUUUUCGGUUUUUCCCGGACUUGCUCGGAUGAUCCAAACAAAAUUGAUGAAAGGUUUUGGCUCAAAUAUUGUUAAAAUUCAAUUUAAAAAAACUGCAACAAUUUUCUACAAUUUAUCAUAAUAUAUAAUCAGAAAUAGGUUGAAAAACUUACAUACAAAUUCAUUGGACUAAAAAUGCCUUAACAAAUGGUUUAUUUGAUAACCGAUAAUAUUUUUUUUUAGAUCGAAGGGCUUGCAGUUCCAAAUUGUUUUCAAACUGUGUUUAAAUUUCGUUUACUAAUGAGCAGUGAAGUUCUUAUUUUUAAAGAGGCCUAGAAAGAACUGGUUGAUUUGCUAGGAAAUGAAUAAUGAAAUUUUAAUCAAUUUCUGAUUGAAAAAUCCCAGUAAAAUGGUGGAUUACUUUUCAAAAUAAUGUUUUACAAAAUGAGCACCCAGAUAACUAAACAGGCCUUUAAUUUUGGGAAAUCAAAUAAUAUCGCAUAAAGAAAAUAACACCAAAAAUUAAAAAAAAAAAUCCGUCAGUCAAACUGUUUGAUAAGAACUGGUAUAAGGAUUGGUCCAAAACUGAUGGGAUUUGGAUCAAAUUUAAUGCGAUUCUAAACCGUUCAACAGUUAUUAAAACACAAAUAGGGUUGCCAGUUUUUUUUUUUAAUCUGAUUUAAUUUCGUUGGUUCAUUUCUUGUGUAAUUUGACCCAAGAAUAGACCACUGAUACAGUUGCUACAAGACUACAAAUGAACAAAAGUUUGUAAAAAUAUGUGCUCGAUCUUCAGAUCGGAUUUCAUUUUUCAUUUUUCACACCAUUUUUCAAGUUUCCUAAGUUAUUUCCAAAUGUUUUUAAUUGAAAACUACUCGAAUAUUUUUUACAAAAAAAUAAAAAACAUGAAAACUUUCAGUGCAACUGCUCGAAUAUAAGAUAAAUUUUGACAGUCUUAAAAAUGGUCGAAAUCUGUUCGACAUUCCAAAGCGUUUUGUUUGAACCGUCUUUUUGAUCGAAUCUGACCAAAUUUUCGAUUUCAAGUAAAUUUCACACAACUGAAGCCCUUCACCCAAUCGCUAGCAAGCAAUCAUGCCUUCGCUCAACCCGAAUCGCAAAGCUCGAUCGAAAUGUUAUUUGUAAGUUUAAUAAGUUAGUGAAAUGUUGCUAUUUCAAGGCAAAAAACACACACACACCCAUUCACACACAAACACACAGAGCAAAAGAGAAGAAAAAAACACACACGCGAAAGCGAACACACGCGAUAGUAGUUGUUGAUGUAAAUGAAUUUAAUGAUUGUUAUAUUAUUUUAAAGUUUUAAUUUAUAUCUCUUUACUUUACUAUUUUUUUUCUGUUUUCGCGUAUCGUCGUCGUCGUCGUCGUCUUUUUGAAGAAGUUUUUAAUUUAAACCGAAAGUUGAUAAAAAAAAUCAAAAGAAAACAAAAGAAUGAUGUAAUUUGUAGUUAAUCUUUAUACACACCCACAGAUACACACACUGUAGCGUGAUAAGUUUAGUUUUUAAGCAACACAACAAAAACAACAGAUGGAAAAGAAAACCGAUGAAAACACAUACAAACACACACACGUUAACACGAAAAUCGACUGUACAUUUUUUUAAGGAUAGUAAUCAUUUUUUUUAAUGGUACGUAAAUUAUUGUUUCUGUUGAUUGUUCAUGUUCUGUUUUUUUUUUAAUUUUGAAUUAGCGUUUUUUUCUGUUUUAAAUCGAAUCCCUUUUUUCGUCUCUUUCGGUUUCAUCCACUGGAAAUGUGCGCUCCUUCUGACUUUGAUUUUAUUUAUUUUUUCUUCAAACGCGGCACACGUACAAAUUCGUAGUUGUUGUUCGUUGUUGAACACACACACACAAGCGUAGGUAGACGGGGAGGAAAGCCGAAGAUAAACACGACGAAGUGAGGUGGGACUUAGAAGCAAAAUAUUUGUAAAAAGUUGAACUUUGAUAUCGAAUUAUCUAGAGAACAGAAAAUUUAAUUAGGUCAAAACUGAGAAAACAUAGGAAAAUCGUUUAAGAGAGCAGCGUAGGGUUUGUUUUUUGAGGUUUCAAAGCAGAUGAGGAACGGAAAAAUUUAGGAGAAACGCGAGUAUUAACUGCAGCGGGACGGAUUGAAGAGAAAAUGAUAUAAAAUGCAAAAUUAGAAUCUCUCUCACACACAUACACAAAAAAAACAUACAAAAAAAGAUAAAUACGCAAACAAACAAACACUUAUACACACACUCUGUGAAUCAUUAUGAGUUCUGAGUUUUUAGGUAGGACAAUUUUCCAUUUUUGUUGGAAAAGUAAAAAAUAAGACAAACCUGAUGAGGUUUUCUUUCGUUCGAUGUUCUUUUAAUUUUAUUCGGUUUUCCAUCUCCCGUACUAGUUUAAAAUUACAUGUUGUGUACUGGAAAUGUUGAAGUUUAUUUUGUACAGGUUUCGAAAUUUGUAAGCAAAUUAGGAUGAAUUUUGGAACAAAACAUACAAUUCAAAUUGGAAACAUUAUGAAAGCCAGCGUUUGGAAAAACAGUAUUAGAUAAGCAAGAACAAACCCUAGAGGAGAAAUGAAAACAAAAGAGAGGAAAUUUAAAGACUUGAACCAGUUUUACGAACGCUCGCGAACAUAAAUAAGGUGACUUUUGUCGUGGAUAUAGGAGAAUUUACCACCCAAUUGGCGAGUUUAAAAGAGAAAAAACAAAUGUCUGUUAGUAAUGUUCCCGUUAAGAUUUGGUUCAGAUUUUUAAGAGAAUCAUAUUAGGAAGUUUAGCCAAUAAGGGUCUCGUAAAAAUCUGGAUCCAAAACCACACAUUUAAUGUACUUUUUUUUUAAAUUUGUUUUACCAGACCAGUUUGAACAUAACCCAGUUAUCUAUUGAUGAACGCGUUCCUUUUCGAUUAGGCUUAGCAUCUUCGUUUAGGAACUGAUGCUGAUUUUUUUUCCGGUUUGAUAAAAGCUGACAGCCUCCAGACAGAGUUGAACGAGUCCAGUUGAUUUAACCCUCUUUAAACGCACGCAUACAUACACACGUUAGUGUUUUUACCCAAAAGACUAAUAUUACUGAGAAUCAAAAAUUAAUUUUUAGGAAAAAGUUACUAGUGGAAGAAUAUAGGAUGCAGGAUUUAACAAAAAACUAAGUAAAAAUCUCUCUAUCUCUUUCUCUCCAAACACUCUGACGAAUUGGCACAUUGUACGAAAAUCUUCAGCCGCUUUCCGUCUCACGGAAAGUCGGCCCAACAAAUGAGAAUAAACCCGAAAACUGAUAAUUAUUAGGAAAACAAAACUACCCCUCCAUAGAAAAUUGUAAGGAAAUACAAAAAUAAUAACACACAAAGAAAAAAUCGUACUGAUUAUAGCGUUAGGUUCUUUUUCUACAUUUUUUCCGGAUUAAAUCGUACCAAAUAAAACGAGUAAAACAUACAUACGAGCGAAACCAGAAGAUGCAAGUUUUUCGAUCAAUUCGGCUACAUAUUUGAAGCAAGGAUAAAACGCAGAGCAGAAACAGCAGGUUCGGAGAAGGAAGCAGAAGAGAGGCGCGCGCACUGAUUUACUAACUAGGGAAAUUAAAACAGAAACGAUGAAUACUGAAGUCUCUUAAAAACAAUCUUCGUUUAGUAGUCUAUAGAGUUACGGUUCCGAAAGACUUUGUGUAGACACAGCUUCGGCAACCUUUUGCUGCCUCUCGGUAACUCUCGGAGAGAGAUCUGAUACGGACUGCACGCACACAGACGAAAACACACACUCUGACACACUCUCACAACAUUUCUACAAACAGACAUAAACAAAGGAAUGAUCUCCGGAAGCCGAAAGGUGUGGCCAAGUGGUUUGUCUCAAAAAUGUCGACACACAGCCCAUCACAGGAGAGAGCAUGUAGUAGUUCAUCGCUCAGUUGGGAACCGUUCACGAAGAGAAACCGAAACGAGGAAAACCAAGGAACGUUACACAGUCCGCAGUCCUUUUUUUUAUUGGCAACUGCGGCUAGGAAAAUGAGAACUUAUAAAUGUAUGGGUGCUUCUAUAUAUAUAAAAGAAUGAUAAAAUUAUAUAUAUAUUUAAAACAAACAAACAGAAAAUACAAAAGUAUAAACUAAAACAAUUGCAGAAGAAUGUUUAAAUUAAUGAAACAAACACACACUCACACACACGAACGAAAACAUACGAAAUCUGAAAUCUGUAAAGUAAACAAACAAAAAACGGAAAACAACAACAUAAACACAGAGGAAGAAUUAUAACACAAAUACACAUACACAAAUGUUGAAACGUAAAUCGAAUAUAUAUUAGAACGGUGGAUGAGCCAGCAGUUUUGGACGCACUGGAUAAACCAAUACGAUUGAAGCAGCAAUAGCAACAGAAAUUUCCGAACCCUUUUGAAAGCUCUGGCAUUGACUGCCGAAUGAUAAAAACGUAGAAACCAACAAAAGAAAACUAAUAAAAAAAAAAUUAAACGAUCGCAUCCGCAAAUUCGACUGCCACGAGUUCGAAGCUGCUCGUUUGUCCCCGUUUUCUUUUCAUGAAUGUAAGAAUUAAUUGCCUUAAAUGAUAUAUAUAUUACAUAAUAUACAAUAUAAAAAUUAUAUUUAAAACAAGAGAGAAAAAAACAACCAAGAACAGCAGAUGCAAAACAAAACAACACACACAAACAAAGUUAUCGGUUCACUCCUGCUGAGAUCAAAAGUUUGGUCCCAGGAGAAAAAACUCUGUUCUCUAUCUCUCUGCGCCGAAGACGAUACAAACAAAGCAACCCGAAAGAGAGAGAGCGCAGAAAAAUGAAGCGAAACAGAACGCAACACGGUAGCAAAGUUGCCGAAACAGAUACAGAGACGACAAGUAGGCGGACAGACACGCUGGUAACACGUUAGAGAUAAUAUUGAAUUUUUUUGCUAAUCAUAAACAAACAAAAAAUUCAAAGGAGUAAAAUUCGUCAUUACGAUACUAGUAAGGAUAGUUAUCUAAAUUCUAUACAUAAAUAUAACACAAUAAUUUUAAGCGCUGCAAAGUCAGCGGGCAAGCAAAGUGAGGAAAAACAAGAAGAAAUCUAUUAUAAUUUAAUUUAAUUAAAUGAAAAACAAAGCGAGAGAAGAAAAUUAAAAUGAUAAAAGCGCAUACAGCAGAGGAACAGCAGAAAGUAUAAAUAUUACAGUGGAAGAAUGUAUGCGCGUUUCUUGCGUAAAUUUUUACGCAACCCAGAACGAGCUAUUGUUGAAUAUAAAAACAAAAAACAAGCAAAAGUUAAAUGCAAAACAAACAAAAAAAAACAGAACUAGAGAAAAUAGCGAAAUUCGGGUAGGUUUUAAGUUUCACUGAACAUUAUAAUCUAUUAUACAUAAAAACAAAAACUAUAUUGAACGAUUAAUAAACUGAUUAAUCCUUA